CGUCUCGCCGCCGUCGGAGCAGCCGGAAGCGCCGUCAGGAGCAGUAAACAAGCCCGUCGAGAGGCCGCGGCUGCCGCGCUUCCAUCUUUGAGGAGCCGGAGAACCCGCCGCGGACCAUGGGGAGCGUCCUGGGCCUCUGCUCCGUGGCGAGCUGGAUACCAUGCUUAUGUGGAAGUGCUCCCUGCCUGCUCUGCCGAUGCUGCCCCAGUGGAAACAACUCCACCAUAACUCGGCUGAUUUAUGCUUUCUUUUUACUGCUUGGUGUGAGUGUUGCCUGUGUAAUGUUAAUACCAGGCAUGGAAGAGCAGCUGAAGAAGAUUCCUGGAUUUUGUGAGGGAGGGAUGGGAACAACUAUUCCUGGUGUGCAUGGCCAGGUGAAUUGCGAUGUGCUAGUUGGUUACAAAGCCGUGUACCGUGUGUGCUUUGGGAUGGCCAUGUUCUUCCUUCUCUUCUCCUUACUGAUGAUCAAAGUGAAGAGCAGCAAUGACCCAAGAGCAGCCGUGCACAAUGGAUUCUGGUUCUUUAAAUUCGCAACAGCACUUGCAAUUAGUGUUGGAGCUUUCUUCAUACCAGAGGGACCAUUUACAACUGUGUGGUUUUAUGUAGGUAUGGCUGGAGCAUUCUGCUUUAUUCUUAUUCAGCUGGUCUUGCUUAUUGAUUUUGCCCACUCCUGGAAUGAAUCUUGGGUUGAAAAAAUGGAGGAAGGAAACUCAAGAUGCUGGUAUGCAGCUCUACUGUCUGCUACAGCUGUCAAUUACCUGCUGUCUCUGGUAGCCAUUAUCUUGUUUUAUGUUUAUUACACUCGUCCAGAAGGUUGCUCUGAAAACAAGACAUUUAUCAGUGUUAAUAUGCUGCUGUGCAUUGGUGCUUCUAUAAUGUCAAUUCUGCCAAAGAUUCAGGAGUCUCAGCCAAGAUCUGGUUUGCUGCAGUCUUCUGUGAUCACAAUUUAUACCAUGUAUUUGACUUGGUCAGCUAUGACCAAUGAACCAGAUAGGCGCUGUAAUCCAAGUUUGCUGAGCAUCAUUGGUUACAACAGCACCACCGUUCCGACCCAAGGUCAGGUAGUUCAGUGGUGGGAUGCACAAGGAAUUGUAGGACUGGUAUUGUUUUUGCUGUGUGUUCUCUACUCAAGCAUCCGAACAUCCAACAACAGCCAAGUUAACAAGCUGAUGCUGACCAGUGAUGAAUCAACACUGAUUGAGGAUGGAAUGCCCAGGAGUGAUGGCUCCCUUGAUGAUGGAGAUGAUGUUCACCGAGCUAUUGAUAAUGAGAGAGAUGGAGUUACUUACAGUUACUCCUUCUUUCAUUUCAUGCUUUUCCUGGCAUCUCUGUAUAUCAUGAUGACGCUUACCAACUGGUACAGUCCGGAUUCUUCUUACGAGACAAUGACCAGCAAAUGGCCGUCUGUCUGGGUGAAGAUAUCUUCCAGCUGGAUUGGCAUCGUGCUGUACGUAUGGACUCUGGUUGCUCCGCUGGUUCUUACAAACCGUGACUUUGACUGAGCUGUGCUGCUCUCCCAGGAGAUCAUCUUAGCUUCACCCUGUCUUUGAAACAAACAAGAUUGCAGAUAAUAGUGCAGUUGUAAAUACGUGUGUGUGCGUGUGCUAUCCAUGUAGAUACCCUGCUUUAUUCCGCAUGAUUACCUUCAAUCAUGUCUCUUGUCAUUUCACCAAAUAACAUUUGCUAGCUGAGCCCAGUGACAAUUGCUAUAAUGAUGGUUUUCAUAGAUUACUCCUAGAUCACGUGCUUCAGGAGCAUUAGAUGCAAGACCAAGACCUUUUGAAAGUAGGUUGUUUUUUUUCCUCCUCAAUUGCAUUAAAUAGUGAUAGGGGGAAAAAAGUGCGAGUGUUAACUAGGGUAACAAAGCAGUAUUAGAUCAGGCUUUGCAAGCAAAGGAGGGGCUGCCUUUGAUAAUCUCUGUUGCCUUGAUUCUAAAGUCAGUCUUGAGUAUGCAUUGUUAGACUCAGAAUUCUCUGUUGGAGAAUACCGGACAUCUUGCAGUGCUUUGACACUGACUGACUGACCUCUUCUUGUCCUGAGGGCACUGAUACCUUCAGCACAGAUGUCGGGGAAACUUGCACUCAAGGCUGCAGAGGAACCGAUGUCCUCCUUGGUGCACUUUGGUCCCAUAUGUCCCCUUGCAGACAGGAGGAUAACACGCCCCAGGGAAAAACAUCCUGAUGUCAGAUGCUCAGAAGCAUGUUUUUAAGGCACCUGUUUACAAUAUUCACCCAUGUAUUAUUAUUAUUUUUUUUAAAAGUAGUUUAUACGGGGUAGCUGUGCUGUAAUUUAUUGCUGUUUUGUGUGCCACUUUCUUUCUUGGCUAAGCUACAAUCAGAGUUUGCAAGGAGCCAAGUGGUGAAAACUGUGUAAGCCCUUUAGUGUUUGUUUUUUUUAGUAUUGUGGUUAAAAAAAAAAAGGGGGGGGGAGGAAAAGGAGCAUUGAAAUCACAGUAAUUAAAGGAGCCUUGCAUUAACUGAGGCUUCCACAAAGUGUUAGUGUAGUUUGGGCUCAAAAUUCUGAAAUCUGUAAAUGUAUUAGAUAUUUUGCUUGUUCUCCAUUGCCAGAGAUGGACUUGAGCCUGUAAAGUCUAAAUCUAGGCAUGAGGUAAGACAUGAAUCUGUUUGAUUAAAGCUCCUGUGCAGGUAUGAAACCUUACAUGCUUUUGUGCUUGCUGCCUUGUAACUGAAGUAGGUAAGCUGCAUUAUUUAUAUCUGAUCCUUGCUACAGCUUGAACUAGAGCAGCCUGACCAGGAGUGACCCUAGAGCCUUCAGCAGAUGUCAUGCUGAUUCGUUACUGUGGUGUUUAUACUGUUAAUUCCUGUUGCUAAUUAUUUAAAAUAAAAGCUUAGAGAAUCUGCACCUAAACACUGACAUUUACUGCAGAAGUCUGAUGUAUCAGUCAAACUUGAGAUGGUAAUGGAAGCAUUAGUAAAGGCUUGUAAUAAUUUGCAAUAUGUUGUUACCUUAUUAAUAAAUAAAUUUGGAUGAUGUCCCAUGA